AUGCUAUUAGCGUUCAUCUCGACGCUCUCAGCACUGGCAUUCAGUAUGACUUUGGAACUUCAUCGUCUGCCAAAGCAUAACAUCCAUUCGGACCGAUAUAUGAGACGAUUGAGCACUGAAGACGGCAUGAUGGAACUUGUACCACUGCAUCUAGGAUUUGGGACGCACUAUACAUGGGUCUAUGCAGGCACGCCACCGCAGCGAGCAUCGGUUAUUGUGGACACGGGUAGUGCAUUUAUGGCCUUCCCGUGCUCAGAUUGUGAUGGUUGUGGCAAUCACACAGACCAACCUUUUGCUGCAAAGAACUCUUCAACGUUGGUUUACGUCCCAUGCGCGGAAUUAUCUUCAUUUAGGUGUAAGGAUUGUGGAGUGACGUCAAACACGUGCACAGUUUCGCAGACGUAUCAGGAAGGAAGUAGCUGGAAGGCGACGGUGGUUGAGGAUGUUGUGUACUUGGGUGGAGACUCGAGCUUUGAAGACAUGACGAUGCGCGACCAAUAUGGCACGUAUUUCCAGUUUGGCUGCCAGAAAUCAGAGACGGGAUUAUUUCUUACGCAGGUGGCAGAUGGUAUUAUGGGGCUGUCGAAUACGGGCAAGCACAUUGUAGCGAAACUGCACCGCGAAAAUAAGAUUUUAAGCAAUCUUUUCUCGCUGUGCUUCCUUGAAAACGGAGGCACCAUGUCUAUCGGCCAGCCACACUUAUCGGCACACCGUGGUGAGAUUUCGUAUGCGAAAGUACUUUCGGACCGUUCUGCUGGAGAGUUCUACGAUGUUCACGUAAAGGAUGUUCGAAUUGGUGGCAAAUCGAUUAACGCUUCGGAGGAGGCUUUCAUUCGUGGGCACUUUAUUGUGGACAGUGGAACGACAGAUUCUUAUUUACCACGAUUGCUACAAACUGAGUUCAUGGCGAUGUUCAAGGAAGUAUCAGGCCGUGAUUAUCGGGUGGGCGAUUCGUGCCGAGGCUAUACCAAUGAUGAUUUGGCGUCAUUGCCAUCGAUUCAGCUCGUAAUGGAAGCUCACGGAGAUGGAAAUGGGGAAGUUGUUUUGAACAUUCCACCCGAGCAGUAUCUGACAAAGAUGAAUGGUGCUUUCUGUAGCAGCCUUUAUUUGACGGAAAACUCUGGUGGUGUUAUUGGCGCUAACCUGAUGAUGAACCGAGACGUAAUUUUUGACAUCAGUAACCAGCGCGUGGGAUUUGUGGAUGCUGACUGCGCCUAUCAGGGGGAUCGAAACUCGACGGCGGAUUUAUCUGCUAGCAACAAAACUACAAAUAUCAGCGAAGGAAAGGAGAAAGGAACGGUCACGAUUGUUGGUGUACCGAGUGCCACGUCUACCGUUGACACCCCUGCACCAAUUGUCGGUGCAGUGCCGACAGUCCCCACGUCCGUUGCCACUGACAUCUCUGCACCAAUUGCCGGUGCAGUGCCGACAGCCCCCACGUCCGUUGCCAUUGACAUCUCUGCACCAAUUGCCGGUGCAGUGCCGACAGCCCCCACGUCCGUUGCCACUGACAUCUCUGCACCAAUUGCCGGUGCAGUGCCGACAGCCCCCACGUCCGUUGCCACUGACAUCUCUGCACCAAUUGCCGGUGCAGUGCCGACAGCCCCCACGUCCGUUGCCACUGACAUCUCUUCACCAACUGCCGGUGCAGUGCCGACAGCCACCACGCCCGCUGCCAUUAUAUCAAAGCCGGUUGCUACAGCAGAGUCGACUUCGGCACUUGUUCCAGUUGCUACUGAGCCAACAACGACUGCUGGAGCGACACCUCUGACAGCAGUGGUCACGAAUAGUUCAGCCCUGAACAAUGUUUCAAGUAUUGCCGACUCGCAGAUUGAGCCAUUAUCGGGACAGACAACAAUGGUACCUACUUCUUCCUCUUCGGCUGCUAUGGGGGACUCCAAGUCAAAGGAAAAGUUAUCAGGAACUCAUCCAGUGGUACUCUCGGUUGUCGGUACUAUCUUGGUGGUGGGUUUUCUGGUGAUGCUGCUAAUUUCAGUGAGUCGCCGGAGACAAAAGGCCGCUAAGGAUCAGCUAUGGAGCCGCGUCAAGAGCGACGAGGAAAAUGAAGAAGACGACGACGAGGAAGAGUUUGGUCUUGUUCACCACCAUGACAAGAAGCAACCAUCAAUAAAGCACGAGCGUUUGGAUCGAGAGGAAGACGAAGAGGAUCAUGCGAGCAGCAGCAGCAAGGAAGAGGAGGACGAUGAGGUUUUUGACCUAAAACCAAUACAGGAGGAGUCGACGGUGGUGGACAAUGGUAUAUUGGAGCGACUUUGA